ACGUCAACAGCAGCGACACACAGAUGAGGAGUGGGUGACGAGGAUUCAUCUCAGCCACUAGGCGAAAAUCAAGAGCGAGAAAAUGUUUUGACAUGUAUGGUAUGCUUCGCCAAAGCGGCGUGUUGGCGCCUUGAUCUUUCGGGUGUUUGUUAUUUUUCUGUGGGGAACGUUAGCGCCUUGGAUGCAGUUCCAAAUAUGCUAGUUGUGCUAACCCAGCUAGCUCAGAAUUAGCUUGUCAAUUUGGCGACUGUGGCUGCAAGAUAGGACAACGUCUGAGCGACCGUGCUUUUGGACUAGUUUUCAUUGUCAAUGGAAGACUGGAGGGUGAAGCAGGGCGCAAGUGUGUGAGUAGAUGGACAGUCGGAUGGGCGCUGCUUGUUUCUGCGCGGGCGUACAGUGUUCGACUGGCUAGGCUUGUAGUCGACCGAGCAGUCAUCUGAGGGAUGGUACAGAUGUGGCAGCUUCAAGUCUCCCAGAAACUCUGAAACCGCCAGGUACUAGCUAUUUUGUUUUUUCAUGUUCACUUAGCUCUCACAGGCUUUCAACUGCUUUAUAAAGUACACACAAGAUAGUGGCUAUUUGUACAGUUGGUGAUCAGAUAUGUUUAGUAACAGGCUGCUUUGCAAAUAUCCAGCGAUCAGCUGCUGUUCCCUGUAGCUCGAGGAUUUACAUAAGAGUUUGAAUUGACUGUCAAAUAUUUGACACUUGACUGCAGGUUCACUGGGAAGCUUCAGCGGAGAACUCUGCUCAGGCUGUGGUCAGACUCCAGAGGGGACUAGUUGGAAACUUCUCUGCGUGGAUUUUUGUUUACUGUUCGUUGUGAGGUGCUGCCCGGCGCCCCUUGUCAGACGGGAUUUUCAGCUCAUGCGGUGAUGACUUUAGACUCCAUGAUGGCUUGUUGCCUGAGUGAGGAGGCGAAGGAGUCAAAACGAAUCAACGCUGAGAUCGAGAAACAACUGAGGCGAGACAAGCGAGAUGCCAGACGGGAGCUGAAGCUUCUUCUGCUUGGUACUGGUGAGAGUGGCAAGAGCACCUUUAUAAAGCAGAUGAGAAUCAUCCACGGGUCGGGGUACACAGAUGAAGACAAAAAGGGCUUUACCAAAUUGGUGUAUCAGAACAUUUUCACAUCCAUGCAGGCCAUGAUCCGUGCAACUGAAACCCUAAAGAUCCCCUUCAAGUAUGAACAGAAUAUGAAUCACGCUGUUCUGGUGCGUGAAGUGGACGUAGAGAAAGUUUCUUCAUUUGAUCAGCCUUACGUCAAUGCGGUAAAGAUGCUGUGGACUGACCCUGGCAUUCAAGAGGCCUACGAUCGAAGGAGAGAAUAUCAACUCUCAGACUCGACCAAAUAUUACCUUAGUGAUAUAGACCGAAUAGUGGCGUCAGGAUAUGUGCCCACUCAGCAGGAUGUGCUGCGGGUUCGAGUCCCCACCACCGGCAUCAUUGAGUAUCCAUUUGACCUGGAGAAUAUUAUCUUCAGCUAUCUAAGUGAUCUGGAUCGUAUUGCUGAACCGUCCUAUCUGCCAACUCAACAGGAUGUUCUUAGGGUUCGAAUCCCAACCACUGGGAUCAUAGAAUACCCAUUCGACUUGCAAAGCAUCAUUUUCAGGAUGGUGGAUGUCGGGGGUCAGAGAUCAGAAAGGAGGAAGUGGAUCCACUGCUUUGAGAAUGUCACAUCUAUUAUGUUUCUGGUGGCACUCAGUGAAUAUGACCAGGUUCUAGUGGAGUCAGACAAUGAGAAUCGAAUGGAGGAAAGUAAAGCGCUCUUCAGGACCAUCAUCACGUAUCCCUGGUUUCAGAACUCCUCAGUCAUUCUCUUCCUCAACAAGAAGGACCUGCUGGAGGAGAAGAUCAUGUACUCUCAUCUGGUUGAUUACUUCCCAGAAUUUGACGGUCCCCAGCGCGAUGCCCAGGCCGGACGAGAGUUCAUCCUGAAGAUGUUUGUGGACUUGAACCCCGACAGUGACAAGAUCAUCUACUCCCAUUUCACCUGCGCCACUGACACAGAGAAUAUCCGCUUUGUCUUUGCUGCUGUUAAAGACACCAUCCUACAGCUCAACCUCAAGGAGUACAACUUGGUCUGAAAGAUGAGAAGGGAGAAAGAGCCGGCACGACACUGCCAUUCAUGUUCACAUUGCAAUGUCCCUUUUUUUGGGGGGGUGGGGGAGCAUGAAAGGUUGGCUUAACAUUUUACAAGAUCACUUUUCCGUGUUCUGCUGAUCUCAUUCACUUUGAUUUUUAUUUGCUCAUCUUGCACAGGCACACCUAAAAAAAAAAAAAAAAAAAAAAAAAAAAAAAAAGAAUGCGGGUCUGAUCUGGGACUCCGCUUCUUUUGGCCUUUGCUCACAUGCACCUUUCUUUAACUAUAUGACCAAGAGUGCUUGUGUCACAGGUUGGUUGAGGGGCCUCAUUUAAAUGGACAGUGCUUUAUGGACAAAGGGCUUCCCCUUCUCCUUUAAACUACACUACACUGAGGUCCGGAUGCAGACUGGCGCCUCCGCUCAUCUUUAAAGGCUGACUAAUUAUGACAAGAGAAAAGAUGCGGUACUUGGAUACAUGGCUGUGUCACGGAUUUGGGUUUUCUCUUCGUUUACCCUGCUCCUCCCAAAUCGAGCUCUGUUGAAUGUAAAUAAUGUUUUUAUUGCAAAGGCAGUGGGGGCUUCAGAAACACACACACACACUCUCAAUCUCUGUUUGAUGUUUCUGCCGGAUAUAUUACUGUUCUCCGAUUCCAGUUGAAGCAACAUUGACUACUUCUCAGGACCCACUUGGGGUCUUGGUUUUGUCGUCACUGCCUGUCAUUUUGAAGUGUUGCACACACACACUAACUGUAUUUACUUGUCAUAUAUAUAUCAGCAGCACAAUACUUUUUUAAUACAUUGCCAAUUGUUUUUUUUCCUGUAAAUAUAAGUAUUGAACAUUGCCAGUAUCUUCCUGAAAGUAUGUGGGAGCUGGUAUUGCCAAAGUUGUGAUUUGGAUGUUAACGGUAUAACAACUUGCUUGUUGUGGCUUUCAUUGACUUGUCAUCGAAAUCACAAAUGUUUUUGAACUCAAAUUCCUCCUAGUUUCUUUUAAUCAUUAGAAGAAUCUUCAGAUGUUCAAGUCACUACCAAGUCAUGAUACUAAUUUUGUACAGUGCAAUAGUUAGUUGUUUUUAGUCACAGCUUUUGCACUGCCAGUCGGUCCGAUCACAAUCUCUUUGUAUUUGGCUUCACCACAGUGUGGAGCCUACACUUUGGAAAAAUUGUUCUUGAUUUGUAUGUAUUCAAUAUGAAUCAGAUUGAAUUAUUGUCUAUAUGAGAUAUUCUUAGAGGGGGGGAUUUUUUUAAUGCAAUGAAAUGUCAAAAAUAAUUUUAUGGAGUGUAUCUUUAUAAGGAGUCUUCAUAGUUAUUGCAGUUCUCUUUUGACAAACUUGACAGUGGGACGUUUCCAUUUCAGCGUAUGCAAAUUUUGAAAACUGAUUUUGAAAAAAAAAAAACAAAAAAACAGUGAGAUAUUUACUGAUGAGAGGGUGUUUGUGUUGGCUGUUGUUUCCAGUACCAUAUCUAGUCUUGGCGAGUGAUUCAGGUCAUUUUUCAGUACUUCAUCACAAGGGCUAAUACUAGCAGCUUCAACAGAGUUAACAGACUCAGUUAAUAGAUGCAAGUGGGAUUUUAAUUCAGAUGUUCAAGGUCAGCAUUUGGCAGGAAGAUGUCAGUCCGGUGAAGUGUGUGACAUUCCUGUUGAAAGUCUGGUUGCCUUUUUUUCCCCCUAUUUUAGUGAUGUGCGCGUUGAAAGAUGAUGGCAAAUGUGGUUUCCAGGGAUGCACCUGACUCGUGAUGAUGUUGUUUUGGCAUUAAAUGUUGUCCUAAUACACUCAUGACUGACAUCAUAACAUGGCAGGUGCUUUUUGAAGUCAAAGACAAAAUUUGAGGAGCUGUAUGUCAGGAAAAAAUGCAAACAAUUUCUUCCGAUUUUCGGUAAUCUCUUCAUCUUUUAUGUUGGAAUUAGAUGAAUUAUGAACUGAGACUCGUUUUAAUGGUGAGCACCAGUGCCUUUUGUUGGUAAAGCCGACCAAAUUUGUUGUGUGCGACCUUGCUGCUAUCUUCUGAAUAGCUUGGUCGACUGAAGUGGUGUCCAUCUGUUUUAGAUCCCCAUGUGAGCUGGAUAAUUUGAAUUUAUUCAUGGCAGUGAAGAGCCAACUCUGAAAACACUUAAAAAAUAAUGCUAGAUCUCACUGUAAGGUGUGUUUAGUGAAUGAUCGAGUGCUUCACAAAACACCCUGUUUUUGGCUCCUUCUCAGAGUCUGAUGUCAGAACCAGCACAAAACGACUGACUGACCUUGUCUGCAAUAAAUGUAUCUUAAAUUUCUCUUCAGUGCGUCUCGUUGAAGGCCUGUGUGACAAUCCAGUACUAAGCACUGAGCCACUGAGAGUAAUCAAGCUGAUCUGUUAACCUCUGCGUUGUGGUUCUUUUUUCCACUCAAAUGAAGUGUUUAAAAUCUGGCUAGUGAAGGCGAUACGUGUUGGUUUUAUCAAAGAAAGUAAGUGAAUUUAAGAGGUGUCUGUUUACAAGUCUGCCACUCUGAUCUCCUGUUUGCCUUCACCUUGACUGCGGGUUUAAGUCCAACUUGCACCGUUUGCAUUGAAGAACACAAGGUACUAUGGUGUGAUUGCGCGUGUGUUUCCAGUUCUGAACCCUGCAUUUUGCUUCAAGUUGACUCUAAUUUGAGAGAUGACCGUACCCUGAUAAUAAACACUGUCUCAUUUUGUACUUUUCUAAGGCAGGCACACCUUUGACACAUCUUUUUAGGACCAUAAUUAUUAUUAAACAGUUCAAAUGUGUAGUGGUGUUCAAUUGAAGGUAAUGUAUAUUUGUUUGAUUAUUCUUUUUUUUAAGUAUACCAAAUGUAGAUUCUGUAUAUUUUGUGUGCCAUUUUACUUGGUAACGCCAGACUCUUAACAAGUGCCAAUGAUACAUUAAAUCUAGGGGACCUUUGAACUUCAUGGUCCAAUUUUUUAAAUUAAAACACUACAGUAUGUGAUUUCAUUCACUGAAAAAAAAAUACAAUUUUAUUCUAUAUUUAAAGAUGAACUGCUGUUUUUGAAGUAAAUGUCAUUUGAAUUGCAUGUUUGUCAGGUCUGCUCGGAUGUUGGUGGUUGGGUGGGUGACAUACUGUAUUCGCACCAAACCCUCGACAAAAAGGGGUCACGUACAUGGUUAUUGAUUACAGUAUUUUAGCCAUAUAACUUUUUUGUAUGUUUCAUUUCGACCACUGUUGCCUGAACCUCAUUCAAACAUGAAAAUGAUUUUCAUAGCCUUCUCCUUUUAAAUGUUUUGAAUUGGAAUAAAGUGUGUUCCGGUCCUCGCUCAAUGCCUGUGUGUUUUGUGUUUCUGUCUGGUUGUAGAAGGAGGAGGACCAAGACAGGUUAAAGUGGAAGCUGCUGAUGGCAGAGAUCGGCAAAGCGCGGCCCUCUUGGGGUCAGAGCAAUAACAAUUGAAUUCUGAAUAUAACUAAUUGCAGUAGUUGGGUUUUCCUCGAUUUUAUUUUCCCUUUGUUUUUAAAUAAGAUUAUUUUAGAUUACAUUAGAUGGCCUUCAUUAGUCCCUCAGAUGGGAAAGUCAAUGUGUCAUAGCAGAUAAUGACAGCAAAGACACUGACACAUACCAGAGACAGUAAAGGUGCACAGCAACCAUC